AUGGCUGAACUUGCCAUCAUCACGGUGGGAAAGGUCAUAGAGAAGCUUGGGUCCGUUGCAUACCAAGAGUUUGGCUUGAUAUGGGGUGUCAAAAGCGAUUUGAGAAAGCUUGAGCGCACCAUGUCAAUCAUUAGAGAGGUGCUCUUUGAUGCCGAAAAGAAGCAAGCAAGCGACUCUCUAUUGAGAAUCUGGCUAGGGCAGCUCAACGAUGUCCUUCUUGAUGCCGAGGAUUUGCUUGAUGAAAUUCAGUACCAAGCUCUAAGGGAGCAAGCGGUUGCCACAUAUGGGAGCACUUCUACAAAGGUACGUCAUUCUUUUUCAUCUUCUAUGAAGCGUGCAUUCCCUUUCAAACUGGCUCAUAAAAUAAAAGGCAUUAGAGAGAGGUUAGAUGAGAUUGCUGCUGAGAAGGAUCAAUUUAAUCUCACCAUAAUACGUGGAGAUGCACAUAUCAUGCGCCCGUUGAGAGACCCAACCCACUCAUUUGUUCAUCCAUCAACUGUAAUCGGUAGAUAUAAGGAGAAAAAAAAAAUCAUAAAUUUUUUGAUGCACCCAGAUGGUAGCAAAAAUGUCGAUGUAAUUUCCAUAGUUGGAUUAGGAGGUUUGGGAAAAACCACACUAGCCAAGUGGGUGUACAACGAUGAACGAGUAGUUGGGCUUUUUCAAUUAAGAUUGUGGGUUUGUGUGUCCGAAGAUUUUAGUGUUACAAGAUUGAUAAAAGAAAUCCUUAAAUCUGCAUGUGAUACAAUUGAUGACAAUUGGAAUGUGGAUACAUUGCAAACUAAAUUGAGAGAAGUUUUAAGGGAUACAAAAUUUCUACUUGUCUUGGAUGAUGUCUGGAAUGAAGAUCGCAAUAAAUGGAUUGAAUUGAAAGAUUUGUUAAUUGAUGGUUUCGAAGGAAGUAAGAUUAUAGUGACAACACGUAGUAAGUUGGUUGCCUCCGUUAUGAGCACUGAUUUCACAUACAAUUUACAAGGUCUAUCCCAACAUGAUUGUUUGUCUUUGUUUGUGAAAUGUGCAUUUAAGGAAGGAGCAGAUGAACAACAUCCAAAUCUCUUAAAAAUUGCAAAACAAAUUGUGGGAAAAUGUAAAGGGGUUCCGUUGGCAGUGAGGACUUUAGGCAGCCUACUUUUUUCAAAAGUUGAUGAACGGGAGUGGGAAUUCAUAAGAGAUAAUGAGAUAUGGAAAUUAGAACAAAAGGAGAGUGACAUCUUACCUGCAUUGAGAUUGAGUUACAGUCAACUGCCGAUUCACUUGAAGCGAUGCUUUGCCUAUUGUUCUCUUUUCCCAAAAGAUUAUGUAUUCAAUUCAUAUCUUUUGAUUCAAUCAUGGAUGACACAUGGACUAAUACUUGAAACGUCUACUAAUAAAAAACUAGAUUUGGAAGAUGUUGGAGACUUGUAUAUAAAUGAGUUGGUGUCGAGAUCUUUUUUCCAAGAUGCUGAGGGUGACUAUCCUAGUUUGCCCAUCUAUUUCUUUAAAAUGCAUGAUCUGAUCCAUGAUCUUGCAAUCUCAGUUGCACAAGGAGAGUGUUCCGUUGUAGACUCAGACAACAAAGAGAUUGCUAGAACAGUUCGUCAUUUAUCAUUUUCAGUAGAAGAUUUGGGUCAAGAAGUUCCAAAAUGCUUAGACAAGUUAACAAAGGUGCGCACCGUUAUGUCCACUAAAGCCUUAGAAUCACUCCCAGUGUCCUUAGUUGAAGCAUGCAUCUUAAAAUUCAAGUACUUGCGAUUCCUUGAUUUAAGUGAAUCGUAUUUUGAGGUAUUGCCAAGUUCUAUUGGUACUCUGAAGCAUUUAAGAUAUCUCGACCUAUCUUGUAAUAGAAGAAUCACAGAACUUCCUAAUUCCAUUUGCAAGUUGCACAAUUUGCAAAAAUUACGACUUACUAGAUGUACAAGACUUAAAUGGUUGCCCAAUGAUAUAAGGAACAUGAUCAGCCUCACGUAUUUGGGAGUAACAAUAAAUUCUAGGUGCUUGUUGAAUAAUGGAUUCUUGAAUUCUCUUCAAUUUUUGCUUGUAUCUAAUUGUCCAAGCCUACAAGUUUUGUUUCAAGGAAUGGACGGGUGCCUCCCCAACCUUAGGACAUUGGUGAUAGCUCGGUGUGCAAGAUUGACCUCUUUGGCACUCAUUAUGAAUCACCUAACCGGCUUAGAGGACUUGAUAAUUUAUGAAUGUGAAAAUCUUAGUUUGACGGAAGGAGAAGACAAUCAGGAUCUCAAGUUGAGCCUCCGAAAUUUGCAGAUUAUAAAUUUACGAAAGCUGGUGGUCUUGCCUCUAUGGAUCCAAGUAUCUGCUAAUACUUUACAGCACCUACACAUUGAAGAUUGUAAGAACUUCACGGCCUUACCUGAGUGGCUACCAACUUCCAACUCACUUCACACUCUUAAGAUUAUCAAUUGUCCCAUGUUUUCAUCUCUUCCAGAGUGGACAGAUAAUCUCACUCCGGUAAGAAAAUUUCAACCUAGUGGUUAUUUUGAAUUGAUCAGGAAAUGCCAACCGGAAUAUCCACCCAAGAUCACUCGUGUAAUAGACUUGGAACUUGAUGAGGACGAGGACACAUGGAGUACUUCAGCACAAGAAAAUGGGAGCCAAGCCACGAGUACUGGAGCAUAAGCUUCCCCGUCACUGGCCGCCGCUCCUCUGUCUGACGUCCACGCGCUGAUCAGUGACAUCCUUCUGCCCCCACUGCCUCACCCACCGCCGGGCUACUGUAUUUGGGACUUUUUGUUGUUGGUUUUUUUGGUAUUUUCCAUUGUGUUUCUGUUAUUGUUGUCUUAUUUGGGCUUUUGUUGUAGUCUCUCUGCUCUUGUAUUGUUGUUUUGUAAGGUAGAGACUUUAGUCUUUUGGCUCUAAUUGACGUUAGUUGGGCUCCUUGCAAGUGUUUGUGUAGGUUUGUAUGGCCUCAUACCCUUUGCUUUGCUGUUGAUAACAGCCCCUUGUGGUUGUUCUUGUUUUUUCAAUGGGUGGGGUGGAGUCAUUUAUUUGACCAAUUUUCAUUUGUUAUUUUGUUACUUGUUUUCA